AUGGCCGGACUUACAGAGGGGCAGUAUCGUGCGCUCACCAUUAUUGAGCGUACAUGUUCAUCACUAUCGAUGCUAGGAUGCCUGUUUACCAUGUCCACGUUUUGUUUCUCCAAAUAUUUCAGCAAAUCUAUCAACCGGCUAGUUUUUUAUGCCUCCUUUGGUAACCUAAUAACGAAUAUUGGAACCAUGAUGUCUCGCGCUUAUAUCGACUCGCCCAAUUCAGCUGGUUGCCAAGCGCAGGCAUUCAUAAUCCAGACCUUCAUGCCGGCCGAUGUACUUUGGACGUUGACCAUGGCCAUCAAUGUCUAUCUUACCUUUUACCACAAAUAUGACGCCAGAGCUUUGCGCAAGAUAGAGCCCAUCUAUUUGCUAUGCUGUUACGGCCUUCCAUUCGUGCCUGGAUUCACCUUCUUUUUCAUAAAAGAUCAGGGGGGAACUCGAGUUUAUGGACCUGCAGUUUCGUGGUGCUGGAUAUCUAGCGAAUGGGAUGUUCUUCGUGUCGCAGCCUUUUAUGCUCCUUUGUGGGUUUGUAUCACAAUCACAUUUAUGAUCUACAUCGGAGCUGGUCGUACCAUAUACAAAGUACGAAAGCAGGUAUACCUCUUUCAGUCGUCCGACCUCGACCCUCUUUCAGUCGACGAGGUUAUGACAUCUAACCCCUCAACUGAUGCAACAAUGACAAUGGAGUCCAUGUCGGGGAUUGAGCCGGCAAAACUUGGCCAGAACAGUAGCCAACCUAGUUAUGGAGGUGGCUCAAGCUCAGAAACAGCAACGAGGCCUCAAUCGGUCCACGUUGCCAGCAACCUAUCCAAUCUGUCGAACCAAUCUGAUGGGUCGCAAUCAACAUACUUCUAUUCUUCGCCUCCUCAUCGAGGGUCAAAUCCACCGCGACCUAGUGUCACCCAUGGUGUGGCAUCACGAGCCUUCCGCUCUAUUCGCCGGCGAAAUCACGAGCGAGACAAUGCCGCUUGGUCGUAUACCAAAUGUGCCCUCCUGUUCUUCACGGCCAUGCUUGUCACAUGGAUACCGUCCAGCGCCAACCGCCUAUACUCUCUCACACACGACAGAGCCACCUCCACACCGCUAGAAUUUAUGAGCGUCUUAGUGCUUCCUCUGCAGGGAUUUUGGAAUUGUCUCGUUUAUAUCACGAUAUCGUGGACGGCCUGCAAGAAUUUAUUCAACGAUAUGUGGCUGGCAGUGCGAUCGGCCACUCUUAGCCGCAUGGAACGCAUCCGCGGAAAGGCCAAUCACGAAGGUCAAGAACAAAGUCCAGAACAGUCAGUCUAA